AUGCUGCGAUUUUCUGAUAGUGAAGACGAAAACAGUGGAAUCGUUAUUGCCAAGCGACCAAGAUUUGUUAGAACCCCUCCAGCUAAGCAUCAAAGAAACACCCGUAUGAGACGUUCAAAUUCAAUCUCCGAGAAAAAAAAUGCAAAUCCUGUCAUAAUUGAUAGCAACACUGGAUGCAGCGAUGACGAACUCAAGAAUGAGCAAUCAUCUUCAUCCGAAUCUGUUCAUGAUUGCUUUGUUAUCGAGUUUUCUGAUUCAUCUACAACAGAUUCCAUCAAAGGAGAAUUCCAUUAUACAUCAAACAUGAUUCACCAAAUUGAAGCCCAUAAUUUUAAGCACUUAGUUCAUAGUAAUUACCAAAUUGAUAUUUCCGAGCCAAAGUAUUCCAGCCAACCGUGCUGUGGAUCCUUCUUCCUUGUUAGAGAAAAACGUUUCCACUUAAGAUCGAUGAGGAAAUAUGUACUCCAAACUUCAGAAAAAAUUUUAAUGUCCGCUAAAGAUCAUGGAUUUUUAAAUCCUGAUAUCUAUAUCAAUGAAGGUGAUGAUGUUCAUAUCAAAGCCAAAGACUAUAAAUACAAAAUAACCCCUGGCGAAUCGAAAAGUGAUUUUUUAGUUUACGAUCAUAAUGAAUCAAUCGGAUCAUUGACCUUAGGUCAGGUGAGUGGGGCUUCCAGGCGCGUUGCGCCCUCUAGCCCCGAAGAUGUUUAG